UUUCCCAGUGCACAUGCAGCCUGGCCAGUUUGCCAUGCCUCACUAUAUUGAUAUCACAGACACCUCCCUCCACCUGUUCCAGGGAGACUUCACCUACAUGGGUCACUUGAUUGCAGUGCAUGUUUCACAUGUGUGAUGGCCUCAUCAGUCAGGACCCACUCCUCAAUCACAAACCCAUUUUUUCAUUGCAUCUCUCCCAUUUAUGGUCCUUAUCUUGAAUUCUUCAAGUGUUUUCAUCCUGUUUUCUCCCCAUGUUCUGUAGAGGAAUGGGGUGAAAGUGGGUCAGUGGGCAUCUGGCUGCUGGCCAAGGUUAACCUGACACAGUCUUUUUUUUUUUUUUUUAUCCAACACAGGGCAUACAGAUUUUAACCAGUAACUUCCUAACCUGCAGUCAAAUGCUCCGGGCCCAAGUCAAUCCAGCACAAUCCAAACAUGCUCCCUUUAAGACAUUUCUCAGAGCAGGAGAAGCUCUUGCCCAGAGCAAAGGUCAGGCUUGCCUCAGAUGACCUCCUUGACUGAGUUUUUGAGUAUAAUAUCUGCAGGACAAAACGCAAAGUUGCUGAGAAAUGCACGUGAUUAGCACUUCUGCCCACAAGGACAAGACAGCCUAUCAAGGUAUCACACAUUCAGUGAAACUUGGUUAAAUGAAUCAUCUUUUAAAUCAACCUUUGCCCAAUCAAAGUUCAGCCUUACUUAUACGUACAGCCACAGGAGGAACAGCAAAAGAGAACUCCUGUGAAGGCUGCUCUACAUAGAUAUACAGAGAUGAGUUCUGCUCUGCAGCCCCGAGAGUGUAAAGUGAGCAAGAAGCCCCAAAAGAACUACGGCUUCUUCCUGCGUAUUGAAAUGGACACCGCAGGGCACAUCAUCCGGAACGUGAAACACAGCAGCCCAGCCGAAGGGGCUGGCCUGAAGGAUGGAGACAGGGUCCUCAGGGUUAAUGGUGUCUUCGUGGACAAGCAGGAACAUGCACAGGUGGUGGAGAUCAUCAAAAACAGUGGGAAUUCCGUUGUGCUCCUUGUUCUGGAUGACGCAUCCUAUGAAAAGGCACAAAAGGAGGGAGUGAACUUGGAAGAGCUGGGUCAAAAGGCAUCAACAGGACAACAGCAGGAGCAGCAGUGCCAACCCUCCAUGGGCAACAGAGGAACUGCUGCAGUUCCACAGCCCCGGCUCUGCUACCUGGUGAAGGAGGAGACAGGCUACGGCUUCUCUCUGAAAAGCACAGAAGGACAGAAGGGGUUGUUCAUAGUAGAGCUUUCAUCACAAGGAGCAGCUGCAAAGGCUGGUGUCCAAAAUAACGAUCGCCUGAUUGAAAUCAAUGGAAAAAAUGUGGAAAAUGACACACACGAGGAAGUGGUGGAAAAGGUAAAGAAGUCUGAAAAUCAUGUUAUGUUUCUACUUUCAAAUGAAGAAACAGACCGCUAUUUCAAAAGCCAGAGGAUGGCACUGAGCAAAGACAGCGCCAGCCUAAGGUUGCUUCCCCUCAAACCACGACUUAUUGAGAUCCAGAAGGGAAAAAGUGGUUAUGGAUUUUAUCUACGGAUGGAACAAAACACUGGUGACCACAUAAUCAAAGAUGUUAAUUCUGGAAGCCCAGCAGCUGUGGCAGGUCUCAAGGACAAUGACAUCUUAGUGGCUGUCAAUGGUGAGCGAGUGGAUGGGCUGGAUCAUGAAAGCGUAGUGGGAAAAAUUAAGCAGUCCGAGGCAAAAACCUCCCUGUUGGUAGUGGAUAAGGAAACUGACAGCAUGUAUAAACUGGCUCAAAUUUCCCCUUUCUCAUACUACUACAAAGCACAGGAUCCAACUCCAGCUAAAACGGAGGAAAGAUUGGAGUUCCACACUGAGCAGAAAGUGAACCACAAGCCAAGGAUCUGCAGCAUGGUGAAAGGACCUAACGGAUUUGGCUUCAGCUUAAACAUGAUCAAAAACAAGCCUGGAUUGUUCAUCAACGAGGUACAAAGCCAGGGCCCAGCUGACAGAGCAGGUGUGGAAAACGACGACUUCUUGGUGGAAGUGAACGGAGUGAAUGUGACCAACGAAUCCUAUGACAAAGUGGUGGCAAUGAUCCAGAGCAGUGGGGACAGACUGACGCUGCUGGUGUGCAGCAGAGAUGCUUACAGGCAGACUCAUCCUCCUCCUCCCUAUCAGCUGCCUCCACAAGAGCUGACGGUGACAACAGUGAUGACACUAAGUUGUGAGGAGACAAAACUAUGCCAACAACAAAAAAGAAACCUUCCCAAUCUUUUCUUCAGUUCUUCUUUGCUAUUCCACCUCUCAGAACUUGGCUGCUCCAAGGAGUACCAAAACCAUAAAGGAACGCAAACUCUUGCUGCAAUAAACACUUCGGUGUAA